UAAUAAUUACCAAAUGAAGAGGCCUAAAGAAGAACAAGAUCUUUACAAGCCAGAUGAAGAAACCUGAAAUGAGCUCAUUCAGCAGUAUAAACGAAUGAAACUUGAAAAUGAGGAGGAUAAACAUCCUGAGAUAACUAAGGCCCCAGUUCUUACUAAGAAUGCAAAGAUGAUCUCCACUAGGGAGCAGAAGAAGACCUUAAAGCAAUGGGAGGAUGGUCUUAGAGAUCAUUUAGUAGAGAAAGCGGAGAAGCAAGAUGAGUAUGAGCGGAAGAUGAAGAUUGAGAUAGGGGUGAACGAAUUCACAACAGGUGAAAAUUCACAGAUUAGUAGGGAUUAUAUGCAUGUUACACCCACAAUGAUGCUUCCUAUGUACUGUGAAUUUGAUACAAGAGAGAAAUGAGAUGAGCAUCGGAAGAAUCUUUUAUAUCAUGAAUCUAACUCAAAAGUGAGUAAUCUGACAUUCAAAAUGUGCUAUUCGUCAAUGAAUCAGUGAAACAAGAUUCACUUCAGACCGACCGUAACUUCUUCGACUAUUCCAACUCUUGGUGACUGCUCAUACUUAGACACAUGCAAAGGUAAGGGUCAAUGAAAAUACAUUCACUACGAUACACAAAGUCCUUGCACUCUGAAUGAAAGCCUAGCUCUUGAGCCUAAGAAGUAUAGUGGAGCUGAAUGGAUUAACUGAGAUGUCCUAAAUUUGAACUUCAGAGAGCUUGGAAAAUUUGAUGUCGUCCUUAUUGAUCCACCUUGGGAUAUCAACAUGAAUCUUCCCUACCAAACCAUUGGGGACAAGCUCCUCGCUUCUCUCGAGAUUGAGCCUCUCCAAGAAGAAGGGAUCAUCUUCCUAUGGGUCACUGGAAGAGUCAUGGAGCAAGGAAGAGAGCUGCUCAAAUAAAUGGGGAUAUAGAAAAGUUGAAGAAAUAGUCUGGGUGAAAAUAAAUCAACUAAACAAGCUCAUCAGAACUGGUAGAACAGGUCAUUGGCUCAACCAUAGCAAGGAGCAUUGUUUAGUAGGGCUUAAAGGAAAGCCUAAAUAUCCAUUAAAACUUGAUACAGACGUGAUUGUUGCAAAAGUAAGAGAAACUUCACAAAAACCAGAUGAACUCUACCAUAUGAUAGAGAGACUAGUCCCUACAGGAAGAAGGAUAGAGAUCUUUGCUAGGAUGAACAACAUAAGACCAGGAUGGCUCUCCAUUGGGAACCAGCUGCGCACAACUCGUUUAGAAGAUGCUGGUCUAGUUGAAAAAUUCAAGAAUGGAGAGCUGCUCAAAGAUAUGCCUGAAGAGUAGAUUUGACUUACUAAGA